GAGCCCCGAGCAGCUGCUUCUAUAAGGAAACCUCUGCUCAGCUCCAAACAGCAGAUACCGUUAGAGACGAGCUGGUUUCUCACUUUGUCUUCCCAGACUACCUGCCAGUCCCUCGGUGGGCAUCUGGCCUCAGUCCACAACGAAGACGAACAAAUGCUUAUUAGGCAACUUGCUGGUACAAACACACGAACCUGGAUUGGAGGCACGCUGGGACGGGUGUGGAUGUGGACUGAUGGAUCACGGUUUGAGUAUCAAGCAUGGUAUACAGUCGAGCCAAAUAACACUGGAGGAAAUGAAAACUGUGUAGAGAUCAUCAAUGGCGGCAUAUAUCAGGGUUCGUACAACUUUUCCAGAUCAAAUUCAAAAGUGAUUUCCGGUAUUUGCCAAAACAAUUAUUACUGGUAUUUACAAGCGCUGGUCAUAAGAUUAGAACAUGAAGCUUCAAAAAGUGAAACUUGUGUAUUAUAUUCAUUCACUACACACAGACACACAAUCUGGGGUUUUCAUUAGUUGUCAGUUAUAAUCAUCAAAAUUAAAAGAAACAAACAUUUGAAAUA